UUUAUACAAGUUUGGAUUAGAAUUUUGAUCACAACUCGUCCAGAGAGGAGCAUAAUAGACGCAUUGCGACAUUUAGAGCCAAUCGAGCUUGAACAAAAGCAAGAAGAGAACUUAAAUGACAUUCAAACCUUGUUUGAAAAUCAACUCAGCAACAAAAUUGGAGAAGAGCAUAAAGAUGUUCUCUUGAAAGAGCUGGUUAAGAAAUCAGAAGGUCUGUUUAUUUACGCUUAUUUUAUAGUGGAGUUUAUCCAAAAGAAUGUUUCAAUUCUCACGCCUGAUCAGCUGGAAAGCGUAUUGCCUUCAGGUAUUUCAUCCGUUUACUUGUCCUAUUUCAAACGGUUAGAGAAUGAACUUUGCAAAGAGCUUCAUGCAGAUGAGGAACAUUUUUUGCGUUUCCUGUGUGUAUUGACAGCUUCAAGAGAACCAUUACCAGUAGAAUUCAUUGCCAAAAUUCUAUACCCUGGAGAAAAGUCUUUGACCGCGCAGCGAAAAGUUAACAAAGCAAUAUGUUGCAUCUCUACACUGUUACCAGUUCGCGAGGGUCGCCUUCACUUCUUUCACAAGUCAAUCAAGGACUGGUUAACAGCAUCAUUGCCCUAUGAACAACAUGAUUUCACCGUGGACGAGAAAGAAGGACAUGACGUCCUUUCUAAUCUUUGUGCUUCUGAACUCGAUAGUAUCAAGAGAAAAGGGGUUCAUGGCAGACAGUUCACCAAUACUGAAAGUUAUGCUUUGAUUCAUACUGUCCAGCACAUGCUUGAGGCCAAUGAUGAUCAUCAAUGGAUUGACCGUUCAGAGACCAUGACUGGCACAUCCAAUCAGUUAUACCAGUAUGUGACGGACCUAGAGCUUAUUUACGCAAAACUCUGUGUAAAUAGAACAUCUGCCACGGAGGAUCUCUUCCAUAUUCGCAGUCAACGUUCGGGUCUACUGAAUGAGCAAAGAGAUUCAGUUGCAACAUUGCUCUAUAAUCUUCUAAGAAAACACUCUUAUAUUUUGCCGGAUUACCCUCAUCUUUUUUUCCAGUGUUUGAUUAACGAACGGAUCCCUGAAUUAUCGCCUAUGGCAGCGAGUUUUGUCGAGUCAUCCAUUCCCAAAAUACCCUGCAUGAAAGACCUAGACGAUAGUAAGGAACAGACGAGGGGAGCAGAUGAAGCAAGGUUCUACUGUUCAGACAAUAUCGCAUGUUUUGAUGUUUCACCUAAAAUGGAUUACUUGGUAUGUGAGUGUCGAGAUGGAACAAUCCAUCUGUUUUCCCUGCAGACUGGUACCAAGGUAUGGGUUCGUCCAUCACCAAUAAAGAGAGAGUAUGGUUUUAGAAAUGAAUAUCAUGUGAAUGGCGCAUAUCAUCAGAUAGAGAUGCAUUUUUUGUCAUUUUACAAUUCUGUCAUCUUUCAUCCAAAUGGGAAGUCGAUAAUACCUGGAACCCUUCAAUAUGUUUACACCCUAACUGGAGAGAAAGAAGACCUUUUUCCGGAAAGUGAUUGUACGUUCUCAAAUUGCGCCUUAUAGUCCAUGGGCCAAUCCUGAUUUUGGUACCAAUUCGAGGGACAAAGGAUGAUUGCUGCGAAUUGAUAGCACAUAAGGUGGAGAUUGAAAAUUUGUAUGAUAACCUUUCUGUAGGAGUAGCUUUCAAGAUAUUUUUUCAUGUAAAAGUGCCCGAAAUGACCUUUGAGGAUACUAAACGUGCACUUAAAAUGUACUAUAUCUUUUGUAGUUUAGUUUGUUAUGAGAGACAUGAGAAGUUUUUUGUUGCGUUUUUUAUCGCCAAAAUAUUAUUUGUUCUGAAUUUAACCAAAGUAGAGCGAAGGAAACUCAAAAGUAGCGUCCGAAUUGCAUUAUGGGUAAAAUCCAAAAUGGCGGCUACCAUGGCAAGGGUAGUGGGUUCUUGAUUUGCCGGUUUAAUAGCCAUUUAACCAUGUAAAACGCAAUAAUUUCAAGAAAAGUCAGCAAAAUCAUCUAGUUAAUAAAGCGCUAAAACUUUUUGAGGCAAAAGUCUUUGAACUUUUGACUUAAUAAACAGAAUUUUGGAAAUACUUACAGUUCUUGUAGAAUGUUCACUUCGAUAAUCCGAUAUGUAUUUUGCUCAUGUCAAUCAUAAACAUCUGUUUAUAUAUUUAUAAAUUUUGAAAUAUAAUCUAAUUUUAGGAAUGAUCAACCUGUUGCAGUCAACAUUAUUUGAAUUAUCGGUUAUUCGGUAAUGAAAACUCAAUAUGAUAUGCCAAUUUGUAAUACAUAGAUACAUAUGGUUUAUUUAAACACGAUAAAAUCAUCAGUCUGAGAAGGUUAAGUGAAGUAAAAAGGAUAUAAAGACUACGUACACCUGAAUGGCUCACAUGAUUGCCCUGUGCUGGGAAACAGAAAACUAGAAAGCUAACUGGUUUACUUCCCUUUUGAAUUGACAUAGCGAUGUUAUUCUUCGUAUGUUUUUUGUGGUAACUCAUUCCAAAUCAUGGCACCGCUAUGAAAAAAAACUUUUGGAAGUCCAGACUUUCGUAAAUUAUAACAUAACGUAUGUGCUGUUAUGUCCCUGUUUAUUGCAUUUGCAUUGCGACUUAAACACUGAAAACUCUGAUACAAAAAGGGUCCUUAUCUAAGAAGGAGUGUUGAUGAUGCUGAGGAGUCAAAUGCAGUCAAACGUUUCUGCAAGAAGAAGUGGAUCAUUCACUGUACCGACGAUAGCAGUGAUUUAGUUAAUCCUAAAGACGAGGAGUCGUGGAAAACCUUGCUACGUGCAGCACAGAUUCGAAAUCACCAAGAAAUCGUACAAAUUUCGAAGUCUUUAAGAGACGGAGAAGUUUCGAGUUUCGCUCAUUUACUACCAUCGAAAGUGUCGAAGCAUUUUUACAAUGAAAAAUGUAUUAGAUAAAUUAUCCCGACAAUCAUCCAAUAGCCAGACUCACCAGGAACAAGUGGCUAGGAGAGUCUCUAUUCGAGGAUCUUCCAAUAUUUCCACAACAUACGAGCGCAUUUGUAUUUUUUGCGAAAAGCCAAAAUAUUCAAGGGUACAAGGAAUCGUGAGCCUUUAGUACAAUGCCGAGAUAUGCGUGCAGAUAGCUCUAUCAGAAAGAUUGCUACACAAAAGAAUGACAGCAAGAUUCUCGCCUUGUGUCGCACGAAUUAGUUGCAGCAGAGGCUUGUUAUCACAGGACAUGCUAAAGGAGCUACACUAGACCAGAAGCAAGCAGCAGUGUGAACCCUGAUAUGAGCAGUGAAUCUUCGGAUGAUGAAUACGCCCGUCUAGAGUCUGAUGCUUACUAGAUGCUUUUUGACUUUAUAAGAUCAGAUGAGAUAGAAAAUUAGAAAAACGUAACGCUGCUUGAGAUGACCCAGUUACUUGUAGAGUAUCUAAUGUCAUUAGGGGCUAAGGAAUGUAAGCCAUCAACAAAGAAGCAUAUCAAAAGGAACAUAGAAGCAGAAUUCAAUGAAUUGAUCAAGUUUGAAAAAUUGCUAAAUAGCAACCGUGUAUUCCUAAUCCCUGCUAACCUAACGCCAGUGCAAAUCGCCAGAAAUGUACUAAAUAUCCUUAUGGCAGAAAAAGAACUAGAAACCAAAGGUUCAACAAUGAAGAUCUCCAAUAUUCAGAAAGCUGCGGCUGACAUCCGCGAUGCUAUUCUAAACAAAGAAAGCAAAAUGUCAUGGCCACCGCGCCCUUCAGAGCUCAAUGACAGUGCGUUUUUCCAUACCUUGCUGACUGGCAGCAAGUAUUCGUUAGAGAUAAUGUUCUCAAAGAGUCCAGCGGUUGACGAAGUCUUUCGCGCAAGACCUGGUAUUUGGAGUAACCAGAGGGAGGAUUAAGCCACCUAAAUAAAUUCUUCUGUGGUAUGCUGUAAAAACUCUCACAAACAAUGUAGAGCUAGUGUCUAUUCUAAACCGUUAUGUUCAUGGUAUUUCUUAUUCCCAGCUUGAAUAUGCAGGUGAGCGUCAAGGCCCUAAGCCAAGAACAUAUGUUGAAGUAAAUUACCAGGAAGCGUUAGAAAAUACCCGAAGGAAAAACCUUUUGUGGGUUUUAGUGCGCCUUCUUUCAUUUCUCUCAGGCAGCCAGAUCGGAUUACAGCACAUUGAUUGUGGUAUUAGAAGAUACAGAUGUCUUUAUUUUUUGAGUGUCAUUCAAGUACUUAAUUCCGUCUUCAAUAGUUUUCAAGUGUGGAACACAAACAAGAGUUAGAUACAUCAGCAUCACGAGUAUAGUGCAAGCCAUAGGUCAAAAUUUGUGCAGCAGUCUCCCUGGCAUGCACGCUUAUACCGGUUGCGACACAGUAAGUGCCUUUGCUGGACGGGGUAAGGAACAGAGAUCCUUUCAGGAAAUGUUUGACCUCUUAGGAAUGGAAUGGGAAUACUCAUAUAAUCUAUUCCAGAUGCUUCAGAAUUUCACCUGUCGUACGUACAGUUCCCGCCCAGGGACAAACAGCAUCAAUGAGCUAAGAUAUAGAUUGUUCUGUUCAAAGAGAUAUAACAACGAGUCCGACCAACUACCGCCUUGCGCUGAUUGCCUGUAUAAACAUGCGUGUCCAGCAAACUAGCAAACAGGAAUGUGGAGGCGAAGAAUUGACUCUGCCCUGAAAUUUCGAGUCCCUUAAGACAUGGCUGGAUUCAGGAUGAGAACAAGUUAGGGAUUGAUUGGAUGAGUGGUCAGCCAGCUCCCGCAACAGUUUUACAGCUACUUUCUUGUUCUUGCACCAAAUCUUGUAUAGGCUCCCGAACUAUAGCUGCCUUGCGAAUGGUCUUAAGUGCACAGACAAGUGCCCGCUCUCCAAUUGUGACAACAGGCGAGAAAAACAAGCUGUCACAGUAGAAGUCGAUGGUGACGAGGACUAGAAUAUGUGGUCUGAUUCUGUUUUUCAGCAUUAUUUCCUUUGGCUGUCGACAUGAUAAAUAAAAUGUGCGUGGAUUUAUUGACCACAGAAGAAUAUAGUCAUUGCUAGUCGUUGCUACAUUUAAACAUAUGACUUGCCAAAUGUACACCCAAAAUACAUAAAAAACAAAUGGUCAUUGUAAGAGGAAUUAUAAUCUUUUGCAUGUCAACCUCGGAUGUCCAAAAAGCAUGACUUCACAGAAAAACUACAAUUAGCACCGGUACUUUUGCUAAAGAUAUGGAGAAAUCUCUAGCAAAGAGGAAGAGUUUGCAUCUAUAAUGUUUUAGUUUACAGCUUUAAGAGCAGCUUCUUUCACAGCUUGAAUAUGAGGAUUCUGCAUGUUACUUUCUUGGGCACUUUAGGGGACAAAAUUGGCAUGUUUGGAAAUCAAAGGUGGCGGAUCCAAUAUGGCCGCCAAAUAGGUAAUUUCAUAUUAUAGCAGCGCCAUAGGUAGCUAUAACACCUGAGUUAAGCUAGUAUCCAGUUGUCAUCUAGAACAGAUUUUUAGCAAACAAUUUAUCUUUAUUACUUUAGUUUAUAUCGACCCUCAGGUUCAAAAGGCUACCUUUCUACGUUACCAUGGCAACCAACACUAAAAUCCAUCUAAUUUUGCUACAAAAGCCUCGAAAAUCACUUGCAAAACAGUGGUACCAUUUAAUCAUCUAGACGUGCCCCAAGACAUGGGUAAAAACAUGAGUAAAAACUUAUGUAUGUACAUUUAUUCGACAUUGUUGAAAGCUGAGUGACGUCACUUCAUCACGUGAUAAACCCUAUAAAACUACUCAUUUGACGUGGUUAUCAUACAUUAAAAUAAACUAGAGGAUUCAUAGUUUUUAAAAAUAUAAGCCACUCUUUGUCCCUCUUUUUGGUACCAAAUCAUCAAAUUUGGGGUCCUGGCCCAUGGACUAUUACGUUCGUUAAAAGAAGGGGACUCACUAUUCACACAUUGCCCUGCAGAGCCAAAGGGAAUAAGCAUUUGGGGUAUGGAAAAUGGCCAAAAAAUAUUUAUUGAUUGUGAGAAAUACAUAUUUUCUUUUACCGUUUCUGAUGAUGGGUCACUGAUUGCUUUUUCGAAUCUUGACGUAGACCACUCUGGUACAAUUACUGUUUUUGACUCAAAACGCCCUUCUCGUUUGUAUGUUAUACUACCCGACCCCUUGGGUUAUUUCGUGUCUGGAUUGUUACGCUUCACAUCGGAUAACAACACUCUUGUUUGUGGCUUUCUACACAAAAAAUGCGCAGAUGAAGAUGAAAAUUAUUGCCUUUAUUGCGACUUAAGAUUCUGUUAUGACGCUACCGGAGAACCUGAAUUGAUCUUCCUUAGGCCUUUAAAUGCAUAUAACUCUCAUUUUGAAAAAGUUGAACGUAGACCCUUCAUAUUGUGGCCCUGUGGUCAAUCACGUAAUUUAAAGAACACCGGUUUUCUUGAGCAGGACCACGGCUUUUUCUGGAGCAAAAAAAUUCAGAGAAGAAUUCCAAAUUUAUGUACGGGUUCUUCCAUCCUACUUGACGAUGAAACAGUAUUGGCUGGUAGCCCGGAUCACAACUAUGUUAUGAUGUUAAAUGUUGGCGUACUAAAGAGUGAACCUGAUUUCACGGACACGAACACAAUAAUCGACUUGCAUAAAAGAGAAAUUGUAUUUUCUCUGGAAGGAGAUACGAUCUACUUCAUUAUUUCUGAAAAAUCCAUGUUGUUGUCAUCUCCUCCUUCUUCAAUCACUAUCUGGAGAAUGUCAACUCGAGAAAUCCUGACGUCAAAGACAUUCUCUGGUCCUACAUCUAUCGCUCCAAUGAAGACAGGUGUCGUACUCGUUACUACUGAAAAACCGCGGAUAAUAGCAGAACUCUGGAAUUUCGAUCUGUCUGAGUGUAAUCAACGUAUUGUCGAACUUACUUCUAAGACUGCUACGCUAUACAGAGUUAACAUGUUCCCUGUAUCUGAUAAUCGGAUAGCAUUCUUUUAUCACCCGAGAUCAUACGAAUUAAAAUGCAUUAGAAGUUUACAAAACCGGAAGGAAAACGAAGAAUCGUCCAAAGCAGAUUUGUUAGAAUGCUCAGAUAAUAACUUCAGUUGCGUUGACUUCAUAGACGUCACCGACCUUGGAGGAAAGCUUAUUUCCUCGCUAAGGAUCAAAUCCGCUGGCGUUAACGAAAGCGUAGACUGCAUCCCUUGCAGUAGCAGUUUAAGCCAAGUACGGGUUUGUAGUUCCAGGGUCAUAAUGAUUGGAAAUCACGGCCUUGUAGACAAGCAGAAUGUAACAUUGAGUUUGAGGAAUGAAGGUAUCACAAGAUGGGAAAGACACACGACAUUUUCUGCCGAUUCAAUGCACCUGUUCAACCCAGACAUGAUUUUUUCGCCCAAAAAUGAUUGUGUAGUUACGUGGAACACUCUCGACGGGGGCCAAGGUAUACACGUUCUUCAGGCGGAAACUGGAGAGACAUUGCACGUCUUUCUUAGAGACCAGAAAGAUAUUGUUCAAUGUAAGUUUUUAGAUGAUGAAUCUCUGGUAUGCUGCAGUGAGGACAACUUCCUUCGAUUGUAUAAUAUCAGAACCGGAGAGCUACUAAGUAUUUUAGACAUUGGUGAGCGACCGCUCUGUUUGGGGACCUGUUUGUAUCAGCCUCUUGUCGCCAUUGGUUUGUCCGAGACAAGAAUAAAAUUCGUCCACGUACAGUUGCCAACAGAAUCUAAAACGAAGAAAUAA